AAAAGUUUAGUCACUGAUAAGCUCACAGGGUAGACAUACGACAUGGAACUAAUUCAUUCUAUCAUUUUGUUAAUAAUAAUUAACAGAGUUGAACCCGAAAAUAUUCUGAACACCCCUGAUCAGUCUGUCGAACUGCAGGGUACUGUUGUGUACGAUUCAUCUCAAAUUUUUGAAGUGAAAGUGAUUUUACAGGAAGGAUAUACAGUCAAGAUAUAUUCUGAGUCACCUAAUGCAAGUGUUGAGGUUCCUCUACUGGUUUAUGUACACCAACCUCAUUAUUCAUCACUCUGGCAGGUUCCCUCUGUAUCCUACAGGAACUCAAGUGGAGUUGGAACCACCUUAUGUCCUGUGUCUACUGAUAACUCCUUAAACCUGAGUAUAGCAACCUACAGCUUUACUCCUCUGCACUUCACAGUUAGAAUAGUUAUGGAGGAAUAUAAAAUCCAACUAAACCAAACUAUCAGGGAUAAACUCAUUUCUCCUUCAGAACCCCAGGUUUUGUUCUACGAAUUUGAGAAUUCAUCUGACGAAAUUCUUCUCCGUGUAGAAAGUGGAGGGGAGGAUGUUUGUAUUAUGGUAGCUGUACAACCUGCUCUACAGUGCCCUUUCUUUAUUAUCCAGGAACUUGAGAGCAGUUUGAAACACGGAUCCUCCAUAGAUUAUCAGACUAUGUUAAAGAAAUCAGUUUUUCUGCUGGAUGGAUCAAAUCCCGAAUACAAACAUGGAAUAAACAUUUUCCUCUUGGUUGUAUCUCAGGACCAAUGCUUCUCCACAAUAUCAAAACUAAGUAGUGUACCACAGAGUGAAAAUGUAUCCCAAAGUGUGAAUGUAUCCAUUGAAUAUGUUCAAGAUAGAAGAUUGCUAUCAUCUAUGAUAACUCUAGCAUUCUACGGAACUAUGUGUAUUCUAGGAUACAUCAUACUCCUAAAGAGUCCAUCUCAUUAUGAUGUAGAAUGGGUAGGGCGGUUCAGCCAAGCUCAGCGAAAUAUUCAAAAACAUCAAACCACUUUAAGAAGUCAUCAAGCACAGUCUACGAAACCCCAACCUGAUGAGAAUUCUGAUCCAGUGGAGUUAUCACAAAUAUCUAUAAUAGGUGAUCCAACUCAACAGUUUACUCCACUAGACGUUAUAAGUGCAGAAAAUACAGCAAUACAACGUAGUACAGCCAACACAAAUUCACCAAUUCUAAAAUGGGAAUAUUCUCCAAAAAGCUUCAGUGUUAGAAAAGCCAAGGCGUAUAAUUCCAAACGGUCCAGUCAGUAUACAUGGUUGAUAAUCAUAGUUGGAAUAUACUAUACCCUACCAGUGGUUCAACUGGUAUUCCUAUAUCAAACCAUGUCUACCGAGGGAGGAAACAAGGAUCUUUGCUAUUAUAACUUUGAGUGUCAAUUUCCCUGGUGGGGAGUUCAAGACUUUGGUAAUAUAUUCAGUAAUGUUGGAUACGUUAUCCUAGGUCUGGUAUUCCUUACAAUAGUCUGGUACAGGAGCUUAAAAUAUAAACAAUUCAAACAAAGAUUGGAAGAACUCAAUAUCAGAUCCAAAUAUGGAAUUACCGAGCAGUUUGGGAUCUACACUGCUCUGGGUAUAGCACUGGUUCUUGAGGGUGUUCUAAGCGCAUCUUAUCACAUUUGUCCAACGGAACAAAACUUUCAGUUUGACACAACAUUCAUGUACUUUAUCGCAGUUCUUCUCUUUCUCAAGGUUUAUCAGUUCAGACAUCCUAAUGGAGGUCAACAUGCAGUUCAUGUCUUUGUUCUUCUUGGUUGUGCUCUGAUUAUGGAAGCAUUGGGAUAUUUUAUUCAAAGUGUUGCGUUUACUGUAGUUUUCAUUCUUCUAUAUUCCAUUCUACUCUCUACAUUCCUCUACCCAAUAUACUGGGAAGGUAACAGUCCACCCUUCAGGAGAGCUUUAACUCUCUUUUCAACAGGUUGUAUACAUUUGUGCAAAAAUCCCAAAGACUUAAAAGACCUGUCAUGGAACUUUAUUAGCAUUGUAGUUAUCAAUUUUCUGAUGGCUCUUGCAAUAUUUCUAAUGCAGAAUCCCGAAGGUGCGUCUAUGUAUCUUCUAGCAAUAUUUAUAGUCAAUAUGAUUCUGUAUUUUUGCUACUAUGUCUCAAGGAAGAUUUAUCUCUACAAAUGGAAAAAUGAAUUGAAUGAAUCAAUAAGUUGGAUUUCAUGGCUCUACCUAUUCCUAGCAAACUCUACCGCCCUUCCAUCCUUGUACUUCUUCAUGACAGUUGAGCGUACUACUAGCGUUAGUCCAGCCCAAUCACGAAGUCUAAACGCUCCUUGCUCUAUCGGUAUCUACGACUACCAUGAUAUCUGGCAUUUUUUAUCCGCUGCCGGACUCUUCUUCCUUUAUCUCUUCAUCCUCACUCUUGAGGAUGGAAAUAUGGAAACAAAAAGAAAUAAAAUCAAAGUAUUUUGAUUUUACCAUGGGGCAAAUUCUAAUUUCUCCUAAAUCUGAAUUAUUUAUAGUAAGGAAUGACGUAAAAAUAUGAGAAAUCUUUUCAGAACUAACAAGCAGGAAUGCCAUUUAAAGCCAUGUGAUAACCAUUUAACAUGCAAGUUAAAAGCAUUGCAGGUGUAACCAAACCAACAUUCCAGUUACUACAGCAUGUGCAAACCAGCCAACAUACCAGUUAAAAGCAUGUGUAACCAAAUCAUCAUGGCAGUUAUUACAGCAUGUAUAAAUAAACUAACAUACCAGUUAAAAGCAUGUAUAAAUAAACUAACAUACCAGUUAAAAGCAUGUAUAAACAAACCAACAUAAUAGUUAAAAGCAUGUAUAAAUAAACUAACAUACCAGUAAAAAGCAUGUGGAAACCAACCAACAUUCAAGUUAAAAGCAUGUGGAAACCAACCAACAUUCAAGUUAAAUUCAUGUGGAAACCAACCAACAUUCCAGUUAAAAGCAUGUAUAAACAAACCCACAUACCAGUUAAAAGCAUGUAUAAACAAACCAACAUACCAGUUAAAAGCAUG